CAUCUGCACACGUGCGCGGAAACACAGGCGAACUCGGUUCAUAUUUAACGCUUCGAGAGCGCAGUGAGCUCCGGUUUAACAUCGUCUAUAUGAACAGAAGCUCUGGAGCACCGCUGCACGUGUGUGUGUGAGAGAUGAGCGACACGCGCGGCUCCAGCGGAGACUCCGAGCCCGAGUCAAAGCGCCUCUGCACCGCGAGCACGUCUCACGAGCGCUCUGGACCGACAGAUGGCGUCAGCGUCGCGGUGUCGGUGAUCAUGCCGGUGUUUAAUGCGUCUGAUUGGCUGGACGAGUGUCUGCAGGCCGUACUGGAGCAGGAUUUCACCGACCCAAUGGAGCUGUCUGUGUACGACGACGGCAGUACGGAUAACUCUCGAGAGCUGCUGGAGAGAUGGAGGCAGAGGUUCGAGGACAGAGGUCGACCCAUGCUGAUCUCAGGCCACAGCUCAUCCAGCCCACGCGGAGUUGGAUUUGCAAAAAACCAAGCGGUGCUUCAGAGCUCCGGACGAUUCCUCUGCUUUCAGGAUGCGGAUGACAUCAUGAGGCCUCAGCGGGUUCGACUGCAAUAUGAAGCUGCUUCAGUGAAUCCGACCGCAAUCGUGGGGUGUAAAGUGUGUCGAGUUCCCGAAGGCUCCACUGAACGUCACACCCGGUGGAUCAACUCUCUGAGUCCAGAGCAGCUCCUCACACAGGUGUACACGUCUCACGGGCCGACGGUCAUCAUGCCCACCUGGUUCUGUUCCCGUGACUGGUUUGAGGAAGUGGGUCUGUUUGACGAGGGAGGGAAGGGCGUUCCUGAGGACCUGCUCUUCUUCUACCAGAGUCUUCGUCGAGGAGGUCAUGUGAUCCGAGUGGACGAGUGUCUGCUGGUGUAUCGCUAUCAUGAACACGCAGCCACUCACUCAGUGCUGGAAGAGACCAUCUGGAGUCUCCGUGUCCACUUCCUGCAGGAGCGAGUGCUCAGCCAAUGGGCAUCCUUCACCGUGUGGAAUGCUGGGAAACAGGGACGCAGACUCUACCGCAGCUUGAGUCCCACCAAUCAGAAGAAGGUGAAGGCGUUCUGUGACGUAGACGAGAACAAAAUUCAGAAGGGCUUCUACACGUACGAGGAGUCGAAGGAACGACCCAAACCCAGGAUUCCUGUGCUGCACUUCACAAACGCAUCGCCGCCGUUCAUCGUGUGUGUGAAGCUGGACAUGACCGAGGGAGUCCUGGAGGAGAACCUGCGCUCGCUGCAGCUGAAGGAGGGACUUCACUAUUAUCACUUCAGCUGAAGACUGAAGCCUGUGUCACUGUAGUUCUCCUUCGUUCCUGAGUGACGCUCAGAACAAACCCUUGUCCCACAGACAGACACAUCCAUCACACUGACCAGAGUGUGCUGCUGGCUGCUCUCAAUCAGGUCCUCUUGCAGUCAGAGAGCGCUGGAGGGGUACAGCAGCUCAAUCCGUGUUUAAGACAUUUUUGAAGAGAAGUAGAGCGGCAGAUUCUUCAGUUUACCCCAAACACACACCAUAACCUGUUCAUGAUCCAUAACCCGGCUGAGCCAGUAUUUCUCAUUAGAUGAGGUUUUCAUCAAAUAUAUGCAUUUUAUUUAUAUUUUAUUUCAGGAUUUUAAAUAGUUUUAAUUAACACUGUUUUAGUAUUAUAUUUUGUUUCAAAUGCUUCUGAAAUGUAUUGUGUGAUUUU